GCCAGUGUUUACUUCCGGUUCGCCAUGUCGGACUCAGAGAGUGAUGAGGAUCGCCCUUUCUCCCUCACUGGAUUCCUGUUUGGAAAUAUCAAUGAAGAUGGGCAGCUGGAGGAUGAUUCUGUGCUGGAUAAGGUGAACCUAGGAUCAUUUAGGGAGCUGGCUCUGCAGGAGACACAGGGCAGGACCUAUAGCCAUGGAGUGUAUAUUAUUAUUAUUAUUAUUAUUUAAUAUUUAUAAUAUGUGGAGAGGGGGCUGGAGUGAUAUAAUCAGAAUAGCAGUGCAGUGAUGUGACUGCUGACCUUUGCCAUUCCACUGUAUCCAGUUUGGCUGGCAAAGCAUCAUGGGAAUUGUAGUCCUAAACAGCUAUCCACUGUUUCCAAACUGGCUGGCAAAGCAUCUAGGGAAUUGUAGUCCUAAACAGCUAUCCACUGUUUCCAAACUGGCUGUCAAAGCAUAGUGGGAAUUGUAGUCCUAAACAGCUAUCCAUUGUUUCCAAACUGGCUGGAAAAGCAUCAUGGGAAUUGUAGUCCUAAACAGCUAGCCAUAGUUUUCAAACUGGCUGGAAAAGCAUCAUGGGAAUUGUAGUCCUAAACAGCUAUCCAUUGUUUCCAAACUGGCUGGCAAAGCAUCUAGGGAAUUGUAGUCCUAAACAGUUAUCCACUGUUUUCAAACUGGCUGGCAAAGCAUCAAAGGAAUUGUAGUCCUAAACAGCUAUCCACUGUUUCCAAACUGGCUGGCAAAGCAUCAUGGGAAUUGUAGUCCUAAACAGCUAUCCACUGUUUCCAAACUGGCUGGCAAAUCAUCAUGCGAAUUGUAGUCCUAAACAGAUAUCCACUGUUUCCAAACUGGCUGGCAAAGCAUCAUGUGAAUUGUAGUCCUAAACAGAUAUCCACUGUUUCCAAACUGGCUGGCAAAGCAUCAUGGGAAUUGUAGUCCUAAACAGCUAUCCACUGUUUCCAAACUGGCUGGCAAAGCAUCUAAGGGAAUUGUAGUCCUAAACAGCUAUCCACUGUUUCCAAACUGGCUGGCAAAGCAUCAUGGGAAUUGUAGUCCUAAACAGCUAUGCUAAAUGAUAGCCAUCACUGAUAUAGUACAAGUAGAUAGAACCUGGCUGCAGAUAUGCAAUAAAUUAAUGUGAAGGAUUAAACCACCCCCACCACCUCUGUAAGAAUAAAGCAACCAGCAGCCAACUCUGCUUUUCAUAUUCAUCUACAAAACCCACUGUUUCAAUUAACCUGUUAUGCACAGUAUAUUCAAUAAGUAAAGAUCUGGCAGGGUGUUUUAUUUUAAUCGACACACAAGUUAAUCGGUUUGAAGUAUGCAUAUUGUAACAAUGCUACAUGCAUUUAGAGGUUCGGUAUUAUUUGAAAUGGAAAGUAAGUAGAUUUUUCUAUACUGAUAUUGUAUAAGAACAUAUACUUUUCUGUGAGCUGUCCACAAGAAAAGUAAAAGGAUUUUGUUGUUGUUAUUAUUACUGGUAUUUAUAUAGCGCCAGCAUAUUCCAUAACACGCUACAAUAUUCAUUAAAGGAACACUUCAAGCAUCAUACCCACCAUAGUGCGCUGUAGUGGUUAUGGUGCCAGGAGUGCCAUGGUGCGGUCCCAGCAUUAUCUGUCUAAUCAUUGGAGCACAGUUUUCCAAAUAUCUUUUUCCUGCAGGUGCUUGAGCUGCUUAUGGUCUUUUCAAGCAAGAGAAGCCAAUACCAACGUAGGAGCUCAUUUAUUAAAGGAAGACGCCAUUGAUAUUUUUGUAACUAUUUAGUAGAUUUCUCCCAAAGAAAACAUGAGUAUAUGGGAAAAACACACUUGUAAAAGCUGCAGACCUACUGUCUGCAAUCGUUGCAAGCUCUCCCCUCCUGAAAGUCUGUGCCAGGGAAUUGAUCAAUCAGAGGCUUCUCAUUGAGCCAAUCAGCUGCUGUGAUCAUGGUUUUCCAAUGCUUCUCAAUGAGCAGUAGUAUACAUUUUGUCCAGGUUUUGUGUGUGUAAGACUGAGCUCCCUAUUCUCCCUGCCUGCAGCGCUGCCAAUAACUACGUGCAGAUGUAGGCUGUGUGUAAAUUGACUGCGUGUAUACCAUACCACAGCUCCUAUCAGUUAAUAGAGUAGUUUCGCUCAUGUGAUGAGUGGAAGGGAUGCUGAGGUAUAAACUAUUUAUCCCAUACACCUCUGCUGCAUAGGUCUUUAUAGUAUAACAGCAGACCAUACAGAUAAGAAUUUAUGUAACAGUUUUUUUGUAGUGCACGAAUGUAUAGCACAUUACAGAAUAUUAACCGUUGUUCACCGGUAUUGUUCCAGGAGGAGGGAUAUAUAUACUGGCUGAACAGAAGUGGAGAAACGUUAGUGGACUUUAGUCUUAACAUUUGCAGCACUUUUAUACAAAGUGCUUACAAUGUAAAGGGAAAUAUUUACUGAGACAAAGGUAACAAGGGAGAAAGCCAGUGUGAUGGAUGUCACAGAACAAUUGAAGAGUUUAUGUAAUGACUAGUUGGUCAUUUGGUAAACACUUAUUCCACCAUAACCACUAGAGCCCACUGUAGUGGUAAUGGUUCCAGUAGUGGCUUAGCGUCCUCCCAAGGUAAGUAGUCAAACAUAUUGUGAAUAGUUUUCCAACUUAUCUGGAGUCCACCUUCGUGUUUUCUGCCACUGGAAAGGUCUUCUGCUCUAAGACUAGCGGUACAGAAAGGCGUUCAUUGGCUAAAAGCACUCAGCUGACUCUCUCAGACAUUGAGCCAGGUCUACAUGGCAGGGCUCAAAGAGACACUAUAGUCAUCAAAAUCACCAGACUGACCCUGCAGGCUUUUCAAUGUAAGCACUGCCUUUGUUGACAUUGCUGCCUAGGAACACCUCUAAUGGCUGUCAGUCAGACGUCUACUAGAGGUGCUUUCCAGUCCAGUGUUAACCACUGGUGUUCAGUGUCUCUACACUCUGCAUGAAGACGCUGAAUGUUUCCAAUAGAAAUGCAUUCAUUCAAUGCAUCUCUAUGAGGAGAUGCUGAUUGGUGCAGGAAAGCAUUGGAUUGGUUGAGAUUAUCAAGAUGGAGUCAGGGCCAGCCGAGGCGUGGGCGAAAAGCUGUGUAAAAUCACCUUUUUAGCAUGAUUGCAGUGGGGCUGGUCACCUAAAAUACCACAUCAGGAGUACAUGUUUUGUAUUCCUGACACUAUAGUGUUUUUUUUAAUACAUUGGAGUUAACAGAAACUUUUUAGAAGCUUCUGCAUUGGCUCUGUUAGUCCCUCCAACAGAGUUAACCCUCUUUCAUCCAAUCAUUGCUACUUAAAGUGGAACAAGAUACCAAACUGCUCAAAACUGGUUUGACACAAACUGGGGUAUGACACCCACAGACUCCUUGCUUCAUAAUUCAUUACUAUGAGCUGCAGUGGUUUUAGUGCUUUAAGCGCCUCCUUUAAGGAACACUCCAAACACCAUCAUCACUACAGGAGUGCUCUGUCACCAUCACACCAUAAUCUGUCAAACUGUUUUAGCACAGUUUGAAACUUACCUGAGUCUCACCAGGCACCAUGCUGCUUGUGGCUUUCUCAAGACGUGGAAGCUGGUUGUCCCUGUGUUCCAAACAUGUAUGCAUUCAUUGUCUCAGUGAGCUCAGCUGGUGCUCUCAGCUCAUACACAAACACCCAUAUCAGCAUCUGGCUUCUCCUCCUAGAAAAGACAGCAAGCAGCUACAUGUCCUACUGGGCUAAAUGGUUUGUCAGAUUACGGUGGGACAGCGUACGGGCUGGGGUAAGCACCAUAAUCACUGCAAAAAACUAUAGUGUUAUGGUGCUUGCAGUGGGCAUUAAAGGGACACUAUAGGCAUUCCAUUUUGAAACUUUUUUAUGACAGAAAAUGAUGGCACAUUAUAAUGUUUUUUAUAUCUUUUUCUUUCUUUUCAUGAUAACUAUUCUUCAUUAUUCUGUCUGUCAGGAAUCAAAGAAACACCUGGCCGGGUUGGGUGCCCUAGGACUUGGCAGUCUGAUUACAGAGAUCACAUCCAGUGUAGAUGAAGCAGCAGAAACUGAAGGAGUCAGCCUGGAUGAGGAUGGUAUGAAAUGCAACAGAACGGAUGUAUGCCUACAUAAAAUGAGAGCCCUAAUUUUUGUCAAACCAUUCAAAGCUUGGCUCUUCAACUGCCUCCAAGAUCAUGACAAAUUUCACUACCUUAUCUGUAUUAAUUUAGACAGCAGUGAUAGGGUGAGGAGAGGUUUAUCACAGAGUGACAGGAGAACAAUGAGCAGUGCUCAAAGUGAGCCCUGCUCAUAGCUCUUUAAAUUCCUUUAACUGCCGUGGCUCACAGAGCUCUCUGUUCAGUGUGAGAGAAAAUCGCUCGGCUGAUGUCAGUCCUGACAUCAGCAGAGGGAAUCCCUUGAGAGGUGGUAUUAGAACUGAGAUUAUAGGUAGAAUUAUGGGCUGGAUUAGUGUUUGGUUAUAGGUCAGAUUAUGGAUAGGGUUAGAGGGUGGGUUGGAUUAGGGAUUGUAUUAAGGGUUGGAUUACAGGCAGGUUUAGGGGAAAAGGUAUACAUGUGGGGUAUAAUUGUAUUCGAGAACAGUAGCAGAAUAUAAAUACGGAGUGUUUGCAGUAGUGGAACAUGCAUGGUCUUUGAAUUCUCCAAAAAUAAACAUGUUAAAAAAAGAAACCACAAACAAAAUUGACCUAGGUUUGUGAUAAAAUGGUUAAAUGAAAAGUGUCAAAAUGGUCUUAGUGACAAAGCCUGGGGAAUGUAGUUUCUACCAAUCUUUACUUUUGUGUAGCGAUUUUGCAUUCUGUGACUACUAUUUAAGUUGUAAUCUCAACAUGCCAAAUAUUGCAAAGUUUUAGCUUUAAAACCAUAAUUCACUCCUUGCCGUAUUUGUUUUAUAACUUCUAAAAAUGAAUUGAAAUCUUGUACAUAUUGGGCAUUUUAACAAUCAGGACUAAUUGGUGAUUUUAUUUUCAGCUGUUUUUCUUUACUUACACUUGGUGUGUAGAAAUGAUUGUAUGUAAAACUGAGAAAAAAACGUUUUUUUUUUUAUUCCCUCCCCGUGUGCUUUUUUUUUAUACUUUCUUCCCAUUUAAUAUUGUGUUAUGGAUGCAUGUAGGGUUUCAGGAAAAAAAGGCCCAUUUUCUCCUUUAAAAAAAAUGAUAUGUAAUAUUUAUGGGUGCACAUAAAUAAUAACUGGGGAAAUUGUGGUGGAAUGAAUCCAUGGCAAAAAACCUAGGUCCAUAAGGGGUUAAGCCACCAGAACAGUUAUAACCCCCCCACCCCCCACAAAAUAGUAUAACCUACGGGUGCUUUAGGUUUUCAUCAUAGUAGCACUGUAUCCUGAUGACUUAUUUGAUUUAUUUCUCUCCUAAUGUAGGCUGGGUCAAGAGUACCGAUGAUGCAGUUGAUUACUCUGAUAUUAAUGAGGUUGCUGAGGAUGAGUCGCGCAGAUACAAACAAGCCAUGGGGACAUUGCACCUUAAUCGCCGAGCAGGUACAUAUAAUAAACCAUUGAACGAAAAACAUCCUUAAAGCAAGACUGUUUGUAUCGACCUUUACAGAGAAGCUGACACUACCCAGCAUUUUUUUAUAUUAAGUUUACUUACGUUUGUAUUUUAGUUUGUGUUUUUUUUUUUUAAUGGAAUUAACCUGAUCUAUUUGAAGUUUAAACUGAUUUGUGAUUGGCUGAUUGUGUGCUUCCAGACAGAAUAAUUCAGGUGGGAUUUAAAUCCUGGUCUGUGUCCAGAUAUUUUAUUGUACAUAUUAAUCUAAAGGCAGCCCUCACCAGACUUCCUGAGACGAUAAAACAAAAAAUAGUCACAUUCCGUGACUUACUCGUAUAUUUCUCCACUUCUUUUUUUUUUACCUUUUUUGGAAGCUGGAUUGGGUUUAAAACAUGGAAGUGUUUUCACCAAUCUUGCUGGCAGUGAAUAAUACUAUUCUCGGUUCUUGCUGCUCACCAUGCCUUUGUUUUUGGUGUAGAUGAUGAUGAUGACGAUGAUUAUGAUGCUGACUGUGAAGAUAUUGAUUCCAAAUUGAUGCCACCGCCUCCCCCUCCUCCAGUAACUGGGAAAAAGGAUGAAGACAAAGGUGCAACAUCUAUCGGUAAAAAGGGGUUUAGCUCAGUUCGCAUUCACAACAAUUCGCAGAAGAAAGCUCUGUGUAAUGGUGUGCAUGAGAACGCCAUGGUUCACUGUUCCCUAUAAACUCUGUUUCCCAGUACAUGCUCAUGAAUAAUGACUUUUUCCAUUUUUGAUAAAGACUAUUUAGAAACCAAAAGUAAUUUGAAAUCUCACGGUUUUUAGUGAACAUUUGCUGGUUUCUCCUCAACUGGUAAAUCAUCUUCUUUAAAUCAAAUUGUAUCCACUUCUGACCCCAUUUAUUAUUCUUUAUGUAUUACUGCACAAUAAAUCCUGUCAAAGUCAAUCUAGAACUGACAGAGCAAUAUCAUUUCUCAGUGAGCACAAAAUAAGUGCUAAAACCCGAACAAAAUGGAAAUACAAAGAAGCAACAAAAUGAACUCUUCUAGUGGUACGUUCUAGUACCGCAGUAUAUUCCACAUUGGUCCCGUGUAAGAGCCUUAGCACCCACCUUACCUUGUUAAAUCUUAAAGAACCACUAUAGUGUCGGGAAAACAAACUCGUUUUCCUGACACUAUAUAAUCCUUAGGUACCCCCCCACCCUCAGGGUAACCCUCCCGCUGGGCUGCAGGGUUUUUAACCACUUACCUUUAUCCAGCGCCGGUGACCUCUCCUCCCUCUCCGACGUCAGCUCCCGAGUGGAGCCGAGUGCACAUGCGUAUCCAGAGCCGCACGCGCAUUAAAAACGCCCAUAGGAAAGCAUUACUUAAUGCUUUCCUAUGGACGUUCUGCGUGCUCAAUGCGAUUUUUCGCAUUGAGCGUUGGGGAAGCGCCACUAGCGGCUGUCAGGAAGACUGCCACUAGAGGUUGGAUUAACCCUACUAUGUAAACAUAUCCGUUUCUCUGAAACUGCUUUGUUUACAGCUGCAGGGUUAAAACCUGGGGGACCUGGCACCCAGACCACUUCAUUGAGCUGAAGUGGUCUGGGUGCCUAUAGUGGUGCUUUAAUAUGAAUCCGGUGCGAUGGUGCAGAGAAACAUGCUGCUGUCAACUACUUUAAGGACCAAUUUAAAUGGGAGCUCCUAUCACAAUGAACACUGCAUCCUGUUUGUGAACGGUGUGACAGAAACCCAGAGUGGCCCUGGUGCAGGCAGCUCAGCCCUUUCCGGUUUAUAUAAAAUUCCACUAUCCUCCAUAUUGUGACAUCUGCUAGUUUUCUUUAUUAGGCUGUGUCCAUGACAAUGACCCUGUCACUGUGCCUUAGAAAAACGUAUUUUACAUUCCGCGUCUCUGAGAAUAUAAAUGGAAUUGGUCCAUGGGACUCUUACUCGGGUCUAAGUAUACAUUAAGUAGUUGAUGAGUGGAAAUCUUAAGCCCUGGUCAGUUAUCUCACUGCACAUUUUUAGUGAAAAUCUGAGUGAGAUCUUAAUUACGGCUUGUUUGGGGCUUUUCGAACCCCACAUUAUUAAUUAAUCGUUUAAUUUUUCUGAAAUUGAAGUCUUUCUUUAUUCUCAUUACGAGACUGCCAGGAUUUAUUGUCUCUUUAUCAGUAUUGUAGACCAAAUUUCAAGUUAAUCUGAAAAAAAAAUUCUCGUAAACAAGGUGAACGUAACAGUACAUGCUCUUUUUAAAAACUAAUAAGGGUUUACUCCAUACCUCUAAAAAUUCCCAUCCCUCCACUUAUGAUUCAACGGUUUAAUGAUGAGUUCUGUAACCUCAAAUGGUAUCCUAUUACUUUUAUAACCUCUUAAUUGCUUAUAAUUUAUCAGCACUGACCUUACAAGUAUCUUAGCAACAAUUUUAUAUAGAUAGUUAUGUUUCUCUAUUUAUAUUUUUGUCUUUCAAAUAUUUGAUUUAAUAUAAAUAUAUACAGUGUAUAAAAUCUUAAUAAUCCAUAAUAAUUAAGGCAGAGUAAAUAAAGUUAGAUGUAUGAAUAUGUAGAUCCAGGUAUGCCUAAUGCAACACACAGAGCUGAGGGAGUCUGACUUGUGGAGGGUUGCUCAAAAACUGGACAAAGACAGGAAUUCACCCAAUACCUGUCUAAAAAAGUGUAAUUCGAAGGGGUAACUCCUUGUUUUGGUGUAAUAUAUCCAGGAGCUAUUUCACCCACAAAUGGCUGAUAUAUGCCAAAUAAGGUACAAACAAGUAGUUCAGAUGUUGUAAAAAAGUGAUGUAACAAUAUGUAUGGUGUAUACGUCUUUAAAUCUGCUAGAGGCAGAUUGAGUAUGGUAUACACCAAAUAAUCUACUUAGCGAAAGCAGCUAUGUGGCAUAGAAUAACAGCAUAGAGGGCUGUUUUCUAUAUUGUACUUAGGUUGAUGUCACAAAUCAAUAGAAUGAUACAACUAUCUAUAAUGUAUAUCUCUUUAAAUCUGCUACAGGCAGACUGACUAAGUUAUGCACCGAGACUACUUCUGUUAGUCAUACAGGUUAAGAAUAUAUUGCUUGGUACUGUAUUUUAUAGUACAGUGACUUUAAACACAUAUAAGAAAUAUAUGAAAAACUUAAAAAAAAAAAAAAAAAAAUGAAAAACCACUAUUUAAAAAAGAAAAGCAGAAAUUGAAAUCGUUGAAAACUAAUGAGAAAUGUAUUCACAAUUAUAAAGUUAUAAAAAUACUGAAAAUUUUAAAAAUAUAAGUCCGGAACGGUUUGCAAGAAAAUUGCCAGCAGAAGGGUAGUCUUUUUUUUCAAAAUAACCACAAAGACCGGCUAGGAUUGAUAUGGAUACUUUGUAUCAGAAUUAGUUUCUGUACUUGCUGGCUGCCGGUGGGGUUGGCGUGCGUCCCAGACCUCACUCUGGGUGGUAGGUAUUGUCGGCCAAUCGGUCACCAGAUUGUGGAUGCUUUUCGGUAGAGAGAAAGAGUUCCUUCUGCCGGUUCAAAACUGCGUCCGUAUCCUGCUUAUUCUGCCUCUAGCAAAUUUAAAGAUGUAUACACCAUACAUAUUGUUACAUCACUUUUUUAACAACAUCUGAACUUCUUGUUUGUACCUUAUUUGGCACAACCAUAUAUAUAUAUAUAUAUAACAGCCAUUUGUGGGUGAAAUAGCUCCUGGAUAUAUUACACCAAAAUAAGGUGUUACCCCUUCGAAUUAAAGUUAGAUAUAUGUUCUUGCAAUACAAGUAACAAAACAAAUACCCUCCUGAUCGUUACAAGUUAAUCUCUCGUUAUUGUGUUAAUGCAGCUGCAAAAACAUGCUCUCCCAUUUCUGUGUUCAACAAACUAAUAAUUGGUGUUUUAUAUAGAUUUUAGAUAGAAAUACUAAAAAUAACAUAAUACAUUAAAACAAGUAACUGCAGUUUACUUAGGGGUAAACCGCUGUCAAUCAACACACAAAUUAAUUAACCUUAAGUCUUGAUUUCUUGGCACAAAGACAAGGUCAUAACAAAAUAAUGAGGAACUUGACCUGGCGUAGCAAAACAAAAUGGUGUCUAUAGUCUAAACAUUUUACUUACGAAGCUGGGCGUCAAGCCAGUUUGAUAACAAACAGAACACAGUUGAAGCUAUAAAAUUUUCCAUUGAAAGUAACAAGGGGGAGAACCUGUCAGUUUUACAAGUGCCCAUAACCGUUCUUCUGUAUUGUGUGGCAAUCCAUGACUCCAGAUUUCUGCAGAAGCACUUCCCAUUCUUUAAUCCUGUGACUCGUAAAUCAGUCUGAGUAAGUAAAAUGUUCUAGUCCGGUGAUUCCCAUCCCUUUUUAAAAUCUGCUCGAGGGCUUGGUCUAUAGAUAACCGUGGCUGACUUUAAGAAUGCUCCAUUGGUGUCUCUGUUCGUUAUAAUCCGAUCCAGCUCACGUUCCGUUUUAUUGGACGCAGUCACGUUCAAGUCACACUUCUUACAAAAUGUAUUUCUAUAAUAGAAUAUGGAAAAGCUGUUUAUGUUAUUCCAAUCCCAGGGGAGGAAAAUAGACACAGAUUUUGUGGAUGGGAAAUAAAUAGUUGAAUUUCUGUGAUUCGCAUACUAAUCAUCUUUUCUGAAACAAUAAUGAAACUUUCUUUCUUUCUUACAGCUCCAGAGGAAGGAGAUGGAAUUAUUCUCCCUUCCAUUAUUGCACCAUCAUCUGCUGCUAUGGAUAAGGUAGAUUUCAGCAGUUCCUCAGAUUCUGAAUCUGAAAUAGGUCCACAAGAUAGAGGACAAGAUGAGGGAAAGGAGAGAAAGUUGACACUGCCCCUUGCUGGCAUUAUGCAGAGGGACGCCACCAAAGAACUGCCCAGCGUUACACAGCUUUUCCCAGAGUUCAGGCCUGGCAAGGUAUUCAACUGUUUGAUGUCUACUGCAGCUUUGUCUUCACCACUUUUCACUUGUAUGGGGAGGAAGGAACUAGACCUCAGUUGGUAAUUUGUCCCUUUUGCUGUAUGUGAGGAUUUCUGAUCACUUCUUUUGAGGAUGCUCACAACUCCUUUGUGUCUACGUCAUGCAUUAUGUCCUUAACACCCCAUUGCCUUAUAUUGUAUGGUAGACAACAGUUUGAGUAUUAUAAUAUACUGGAAGGUUGAUUAUCAAUCUAGGCAUUGCCAGUGCCUGUAUAGAAAUGAAAAGUUUAGAGAUAGUGGUUCUAGGUGCCCCUUUCUGUUCAUAGCUCAGCGCCUUCGUUUUCAGAUGACCAGUCAGGUUAUUUUUGCUUCCACAGGUCUUGCGAUUCCUUCGGCUUUUUGGACCAGGAAAGAAUGUCCUGUCCGUGUGGCGCAGUGCUCGGAGGAAACGGAGGAAAAAACAUAGAGAAAUGACGCAGGACAUACAAGCUAAAGAGGGUGAAGAGCCAGAAGCUGUGCCGGAAAAAAAAACUUGUUGGGAAAGUGAAUACGCUCCUCCACCUCCCCCAGAGCAGUGCCUGUCUGAUGAUGAGGUUUGAAUUCACAAUAUUCUUAAACUUAUUUUGUUCCUACUGAGAAAUCAAAGCAUUCAGUGUGGAUCCAGUUCCUUUGCUCAGGGACACGUCCCAUGUCACAUGUCUUCUGCAAUCUCCAAUGUUUUUUGUGUGUUUAACAGAUUACCAUGAUGGCUCCAGUAGAGUCCAAAUUCUCGCAGUCCAAUGGUGACACAGAUAAAGUGGCAGAUACCAAACCCAAAGUUGCGGAGUGGCGCUAUGGCCCAGCGCAGUUAUGGUAUGAUAUGCUUGGAGUCCCAGAAGAUGGAAGUGGAUUUGACUAUGGAUUUAAGCUAAAGGAGACGGGUGAUGAUGGUGAUGAUGAUGAAAUGAAGGUUGAGGAGGAGAUUGAGGAAAAAGUAAGUUGGCAUUUAGUCUUGUGUAUAAAGUUAUCUCUUUUGAGGUUUUAUAACAUGCAACAGGUCUGUCUUAAUCAAGCAGACCUAUUAGACGGAUGUAACACUAGCUACCUUUGUAUCUACUAUAGAUCACAUGCAGGGUUGGUGUGGCUAGGACUGCAUAAACAAAGUAAGCCAACUUCUAAAUGGCAGAUAUUUGAGCAGUUAGACUGCAGGGGCAUGACAUAUACACCAAAGCCACUCCAUUCACCUAGAUUUGUUGUGGGAUAAUAUUUUACUAUCACAGUGUGCCACCAAAUUUAAGUUUUUUAAAGCUGGUAUGGACCCCUAAACCACAUUAACUUGCUGAAGUUCUUUAUGUGUGAAAAGUGUGUGGUUUUUUUUCUUCCGUUUUACAAAAAGUGUCAAAUGAAGCACACAAUAGGUUGUUUUACUUCCUGGUUGUUUAGCUGAUUGGAUCUAAACUCAAGGGGCAGCAAUUGCCCAGAGCACCUGCCUUGCUACGACUACUCAUUCAGCUACAUUGCCAAGCCUGUGAUUGGACGGCCACAUAGGCUGGCUUAGAAGGAUAAGUCUUGUAAAGGCUGCACACGAGAUCUGCAGCUUUUCCAAGCUUUUUUAGAUCUGCCUCAAUGAUAAAUUGUAUAAUUAAAUUAAUGCAUGUUUUCAUUUGGGCUAUCUCUACUAAACAGUUUUUUUUUUUUUUUUCUGACAUCUGUCCCUUUCAGGUUUUUAAAGGUUUAAUACAAAAAACACUUUACCAUUUUAGAUUACUAGAUCUUCCUCCUCCCCAAAGAAAUCACUUUAAAAAUACUUUGAAAGUUACAUGCAAUCCAAUGCCAGGACUGACACCUCACUCCAGUGGGUGUUCCUGAUGUGCUUAUUCAUUAAUAUUACUUUCAAUCUUUUUACACAGAAGACAGAAACAGCAGAAGACACCCCAGCAGUAGACAACCAGUUUCAGGAUGAACACUUCCUUAUGGUGACACAGCUGCAAUGGGAAGAUGACGUCAUCUGGAAUGGGGAAGAUGUGAAGCACAAAGUGACUAAAACGCAGAGGGCCAGUUUAGCUGGAUGGCUUCCUUCAAGCAUGACCAGAAAUGCCACCGCUUAUAAUGCACAGCAAGGCAAGCCACCAAUUAUACAUUACAUUUUUUUUAAAAUAUUGAUUGGUGAAGUAUCUCUUUCUUUUAUCAAAAGUUCUAUCUUUUAUCAAUGCUCGCGUGUUACUUUAUUUUAUUUUUUCUUGCCAGGGCUGAAUCGAAGUGGAUCUUUGUUAAACCUGCAGACACCUCUCGUGCAAAAACCAAAUCUGCCGGGUGUACUGAUCCCCCCUAAAGGGAAAGAAAAACACCCUCCAGAGCAGCAGGGUAGGCUUAAACCAGAAGUCAAGCACUUAUAUUUAAAACAUUUUAUUUAAAUCCACUUUUAGCCCUCUCCAUUGUUUAGAUUACUUCUUCUUGGCUUAGAGGUAGAGCAGUUACCUCUGUGUCAACUUGACAUUCUAUCUGCAGGUUUCACAGCUGUACUGGGGGCAGUGAGCAGAGGCCACGGACGCCAUUGAUCGACCAUAAAAGGAGAUACACCUUUUUCCUGUGCUUUUAUCUCUUGCAUUUUUUUCUUAACCUGUAUGAGUUCUACAUAUCAUCUCUUUUUAAUCUACUGCGAAAGUCCAUUCAGAUUUUAUCGAGAAAACCAAGCCAGGUCAUAAGAUUCAUUGGCUGGCGAAUCAUCAUGAAUUGUGGGUCUGUUCAUUUAGUAGCUGCUCUAACACAGCACCAAUUUAAACGUGUAGAUUGCAUCUUCAGUUCCUUGCCAUUUUUCUUUACAUUUAACACCUGUGGUAUGUUCUGUUCUGUUGCAGCAUCUGUAGAAGACGGCCGGCCAUGGUUUUCCAUUUUCCCCAUUGAUAAUGAAGAAUUGGUCUAUGGGCGAUGGGAAGAUUAUAUUAUCUGGGAUGACCAAGCAAUGGAUAUGAUCCUGGAACCUCCUGUGUUAACUCUAGACCCCAAUGAUGAAAACAUUAUUUUGGGUUUGUGUAUUUUUUUUUUUACACUUCCUCUUCUACAACUUCUCUUCAUUCUGACUCUCCAGUAAUGGGACUUCUUUGUAAUGCUUCAUGGCAAUGUUGCAUAUAAAAUACAUGUACUUCUACCAGCUUUGCUUGUCAAAGGGUCACUCUAAGCAAAUGUGACAGUCCGAGAGUACCCUUCAUCCGUUCUCCAUUCUGAAAGUGGCUUCAAAUUGCAGCUUCUGUAACCCAGCCCCCCUGAGUUGUCAAUCAGGCAGCCAGAACACACUUAUCAAUUUUGUCCAAGUUAUGUAUGUGGCUUUAGCUGAGCUCUCUCUCCUCUCCAGAAAGAGAGCAAAGCUGUGAACUGAUAAUCACAGCACACAGCUGUGAUGCACAAAACUGUGAACUGUGCUGUUUGUAAAUCUAUAGCAGACCCAGUACUAUGAGUUUCCUGGGCAGUUCCUCUCAUCCUGUGUAAUAAGGGAAACUGCUGCUGGUUGUGAUGUUUACUACUUAUCCCAUAAAUGUCUGCUGGUCUUGUUUCGUGGACCAUAGACCGAAGUGAGACAGCCCUUAUUGGUUUGGGAGGGUCUUGUAGCUGUCAGAGGUGGAUAAUCUAGGAAACUGUACGUAAUAUUUAUGAAAGGGAACCUCCUGCCUCUUUAAAUCUCUUGGCAGAAAAAAAAAAAUUUUGUUAUGGACAGAUGAAAUUGUGAGCUAAAUUCUCCUUGAAUUUAGCAAAUGGUGUAGUGUUAGGAAGAUAUUGACAGAUAGUAUUCAUGAGCAACAGUUUUAGAGGGGACCAACCAUAAAGAUCUGCUGCAUUGAAGUUGUGAUGUAGUUAUCAUAAAUUAAUCAAAAUUUAAUGUACUAUUAACAGAGAUCCCGGAUGAAAAAGAAGAAACAACAUCAAAUUCUCCAUCUAAGGAAAGCAAGAAAGAAUCCUCAUUAAAGAAAAGUCGUAUAUUGUUAGGAAAAACUGGCGUUAUAAAGGAAGAACCACAGCAGGUGAGAUGUGGCUUCUAUGCCAUAAAUGUGCCUUCAAAUAAAUCUUAGGCCCUUAUAUUGAUUAAGAGGACACUUCAGACUAAAUUCCACCCAUUCUUUUUUUAACGCAAUAUAUACACUGAACAAACUUAUAAAUGAAACACGUUAGUUUUUGCCCCCAUUUUUCAUGAGCUGAACUCCAAGAUCUAAGGCUUUUUCUAUGUACACAAAAGGCCUAUUUCUCUUAAAUAUUCACAAAUCUGUCUAAAUCUGUGUUAGUGAGCACUUCUCCUUUGCCGAGAUAAUCCAUCCAUCUCACAGGUGUGGCAUAUCAAGAUGCUGAUUAGACAGCAUGAUUAUUGCACAGGUGUGCCUUAGGCUGGCCAUGAUAAAAUGCCACUAUAAAAUGUGCAGUUUUAUCACACAGCACAAUGCCACAGAUGUCGUAAGUUUUGAGGUAAUGUGCAGUUUGGCAUAGUGACUGCAGGAAUGUCCACCAGAGCUGUUGCCCGUGAAUUGAAUGUUGAUUUCUCUACCAUAAGCCGUCUUCAAAGGCGUUUCAGUGAAUUUGGCAGUACAUCCAACCGGCCUCACAACCGCAGACCAUGUGGACCUCCAUGUCCAGCAUCUUCACCUCCAAGAUCAUCUGAGACCAGCAACCCGGACAGCUGCUGCAACAAUCGGUUGGCAUAACCAAAGAAUUUCUGCAUAAACUGUCAGAAACCAUCUCAGGGAAGCUCAUCUGCAUGCUCGUCGUCCUCAUCGGGGUCUCGACCUGACUGCAGUUCGUCGUUAACCGACUUGAGUGGGCAAAUGCUCACAUUCGAUGGUGUCUGGCACUUUGGAGAGGUGUUCUCUUCAUGGAUCAAUCCCGGUUUUCACUGUACAGGGUAGAUGACAGACAUCGUGUAUGGCAUUGUGUGGGUGAGCGGUUUGCUGAUGUCAAUGUUGUAGAUAGAGUGGGCCAUGGUGGCGGUUGAGUUAUGGUAUGGGCAGGCGUAUGUUAUGGACAACGAACACAGGUGCAUUUUAUUGAUGGCAUUUUGAAUGCACAGAGACACCGUGACGAGAUCCUGAGGCCCAUUGUUGUGCCAUUCAUCCACGACCAUCACCUCAUGUUGCAGCAUGAUAAUGCACGGCCCCAUGAUGCAAGGAUCUGUACACGAUACCUGGAAGCUGAAAACAUCCCAGUUCUUGCAUGGCCAACAUACUCACCGGACAUGUCACCCAUUGAGCAUGUUUGGGAUGCUCUGGAUCGGCGUAUACGACAGCGUGUUCCAGGUCAUGCCAAUAUCCAGCAACUUCGUACAGCCAUUGAAGAGGAGUGUUAAACAAAAAUCUGCACACCAGUCAAGUCAUAAGACUUGCUUUUCCCACAGAAAUCCCAAAACUGCAGCGAUGUUACAACCGCAAAGGAUUCUGAGUGGGCAUAUGCAAAUUAGUUUAACCAAGAAUCACAUUUUUGCCUCAUUCCAUUUUAAACAUGGAUUCCUUUUAAUCUGUGUUUGCUGUAUACAACUGCUUGGAACACAAUAUAGGAAAAGAUGCAAAACCAGUGAACCACUCAUGGACAGCUUUUUGUUUAACAUUAUAUUAACUAUCCACAGACUUUAGGUGGAAGGGGUUUUAAAUCACAAUUUUUCCCCACCAUAACCUAUUUGGAUUUUGCUUCCCAAGCACUACCAAGCCUCAAUAAGCAAACCAGUAACCAACCUCAUGCUGAAGAGUUGCAUUAACAACAAAACAGCUGUCCAUGAGUGGUUCACUGGCUUUGCAUCUUUUCCUAUAUUGUGUUCCAAGCUGUUGUAUACAGCAAACACAGAUUAAAAGGAAUCCAUGUUUAAAAUGGAAUGAGGCAAAAAUGGGAUUCUUGGUUAAACUAAUUUGCAUAUGCCCACCCAGAAUCCUCUGCGGUUGUAACAUCGCUGCAGUUUUGGGAUUUCUGUGGGAAAAGCAAGUCUUAUGGCUUGACUGGUGUGCAGAUUUCUGUUUAGCAUUGUAUUAACUAUCCCCAGACUUCAGGUGGAAGGCGUUUUCAAUCACAAUUUUUUCCCCACCAUAAAAAAAAAUAAAAAUGUAUGCCUGAACACUGUGUUUACAAAUAACAAAAAAAUGAUCAUUCCAAAGUUUUGGGAUUUUUUGCAAAGCUCUACUUGCAAAUGAAUUGCAGUGAUCUUUCACCAUGCCAGGAAAUGAUUGCGCUAUCUACGUUUUCGUACUGUUGAUGAGAUUUUUCCUCUAAGCAGUGCUUUAAUAUAAAAAGAAAAACUAACAAAAUUAGCCACCCAGAAUAAUCUGAAUGUAGCCUAACCUAUACCGCACUCUUCCAGUCAAGUGCUUCACGACUCUGACAUCCUCAUGCAAUGUGUGAGGAUGUAGAAUGUCACAGAACAGCGUCUGACUCCUGUUGUAGGAGCAGAUGCACCCUUUAGUGGCUGUCAGGAAGACAAUCACAAAAGGUGUACUUAGUCCUGCAAUGUUAAACAUUGCCGUAUCCCCAAAACACAAAUGCUUUUGCAGGAUCUAAACGACUGAUUUUAUUUACUCUGCACUUGUGUGACAGCCACAGGAGACGUUUUAAACCUGCGUUGUAUACAUUGUCAUUCCUGCUGAAAUGCAAUGCUUUCAGCUGCGGGGUUAAAAUGGCAGGGCACGGCACUCAAACCACUUCACUGAGGUGAAAUGGUUUGGGUGAGUAUAUUUGUCCUUUAAUCUGAUUGUUGUGCUAUUGAUGUAUAAGUUAAUUACAUGAUGCAUGUCAUUUGAAAUUAUGUUUUGGAUUAAACCAGGCAUAACAUUGUCUCUACAAAUGAGUUUAAAUAAACGUUGUAUUUAGCUAUUUAAACUUUUUUUUUUUAUAUAUUUAGUUCUGCUCAUUAAAAGACCACUAUAGUGCCAGGAAAACAUACUCGUUUUCCUGGCACUAUAGUGCCCUGAGGGUGCCCCCUCCCGCCGGGCUCUGGGAGAGGAAAGGGGUUAAACUUACCUUUAUUCCAGCGCCGGGUGGGGAGCUCUCCUCCUCCUCUCCGCCUCCGAUCCCCCUCUUCGGCUAAAUGCGGAUGCGCGGCAGGAGCCACGGGCGUAUUCAGCCAGUCUCAUAGGAAAGCAUUUACAAUGCUUUCCUAUGGACGCUUGCGUCUUCUCACUGUGAUUUUCACAGUGAGAAGCACGCAAGCGCCUCUAGCGGCUGUCAAUGAGACAGCCACUAGAGGAUUUGGAGGCUGGAUUAACCCAUUUGUAAACAUAGCAGUUUCUCUGAAACUGCUAUGUUUAUUUAAAAAAGGGGUUAAUCCUAGAGGGACCUGGCACCCAGACCACUUCAUUAAGCUGAAGUGGUCUGGGUACCUAGAGUGGUCCUUUAAUAGUUGUUUAUUAUUAAUUGUGGUUUUCUUUUUUAUUUUUUUUAUUUUUUUUUUUAGAAUAUGUCACAGCCAGAAGUUAAGGACCCCUGGAAUUUAUCCAACGAUGAGUUUUAUUAUCCCAAACAGCAAGGAUUGAGAGGAACGUUUGGAGGAAAUAUCAUCCAGGUAACCAGCCCUAAAAAUGGUGCAUCCUGUAAUUACCGUAUGAAAUGUACUAUAUAAUUUCCUCAUUAUAAUCACGUAGUGUUGUGUGGCUGGAAUCUGGGAUUUUAGUUCUGGAAUAUGUUUUAUAUCUUUUAUAAGUGGGAUGAGUCUGAUCUACUAAUCAUCAAUUUCAAUGUGUAAAGUAUGCUAAAAUUCCAGCUUGCACUAGCCAUUGGGCAUUUCAGGGUCUCUUUCUCUUACUGUGUAUGUUUGUUAUUUUUUUUUUUUUUUUGUGUUUUGUAUUUCUGUUUCAUUUGGAUUCAGGUAUACACUGUUCAGAUUAACUGAAUUGUAAAGCUUAAACCCAAACAUCCUUCCUUAUAGCAAGUAAUCUUAUUAAAGGUAAACUUCACUUAUUGUAUUAUUGUGCCAACUAUGAUACUAGUUAACAUACAUUUUUUAUUAUCUUCUUAUCCUCCACCCAGCCCCCCUCCCUUUACAUGCAAUGCCUAUUCAUGCUCGGCACGUGGCACUAUUCAAUACGUGGCACCAGGCACAGAGCUCAGAGCAACUUCCACGUUUUUUUAUUUAUUUUUUGUGAGUGUGUGUGAAAAGAUUAUACAGUAUGAGCUGCUUGAUGAUGAUGAUGAUAGUUGUUUUUUGACCUUAUUAAUAUCGUGUGUAUAAAUGUCUGGUAUGAUAGUUUGAAUUGUGACCAGUUUCUAUCCUUGCAUUUGACAGCACUCUAUUCCAGCUGUGGAGCUCAGACAGCCUUUCUUCCAAACUCACAUGGGGCCAAUGAAGCUAAGACAAUUCCAUCGGCCUCCUUUAAAAAAGUAUUCGUUUGGAGCUCUGUCGCAGCCAGGAUCUCACUCUGUUCAGCCUCUCUUAAAACAUAUCAAAAAGAAGGCAAAGGUAAGUUUUACUUUUCUAUUACUAUCCCAAGGUGUUGCAAUACAGAAGAUCAUUCUGGUACAGUUUCUUAUAUGUUCAGCAAGAACUACGUUUUUACUUUCUCAGCAUCGUUUUGUUUUGUUUUUUAACUAGAUGAGAGAGCAGGAACGUCAGGCCUCUGGUGGAGGCGAGAUGUUUUUUAUGCGCACUUCACAAGAUCUUACAGGCAAAGACGGUGAUCUUAUCCUAGCAGAAUACAGUGAAGAGAAUCCCCCCUUAAUGAUGCAAGUUGGCAUGGCAACCAAGAUAAAGAAUUAUUACAAAAGGGUGAGCAAUUCUAUCUUUUCGUCCUAUGAAUUCCAGGAAUUUGGUAGAGCUGCUGCAGGGGGAAAAAAAUAAAUAAAUGCACUUUUGUAUAAUGGUUUAACAAGUCAUUGCUUUGUUUUUAGAAACCGGGAAAAGAUCCUGGAGCACCAGACUGCAAGUAUGGCGAGACUGUUUACUGUCACACCUCUCCCUUCCUGGGAUCCCUACAUCCAGGACAGUUACUGCAGGUGAGCAGAUAAUUACUAGCAUUUUAUAUUUAUUUAUUCCCAGUAGAUAUUUCUAUUGAAGUAUUGUGUUUUUAUACUCCACCUACUCUAGACUGUAUGCUCGUUUGAGCAGUGUCCUUGUCAACCUAUUGUUCCUGUAACAUUUAUUGUUUAAUUUUCCCCUUUUACAAAUUUUGUAAAAUGCUGCGGAAUAAGUUGGCACUAUAUAAAUGCCAAAAAAUAAAUGUAAAAAACAGCAAACAAACAACAAAAACACAUAGCUUUCAGCAGAAUAAUUUAGCAUUACAAUGACUGGGAAAAACCUAUGUAUUAUCAGAAAUGGAUCUGAAUGCGCCUGUAAAGUUACUGGCUCCAUAUUUUGUAAUACAAUUUCAGGAAGUUAUUUAAGUGGACAUGUUUCCAGGUUUUGUUUAACACACAUGCCUUCUGUCUCCACAGGCCUUCGAAAACAAUCUCUUCAGGUCUCCAAUCUACUUGCACAAAGUGCCCGAUACGGACUUCCUGAUUAUCCGUACUCGACAGGGCUAUUAUAUUCGGGACCUGGUAGACAUUUUUGUAGUCGGGCAGCAGUGUCCUCUGUUUGAAGUACCGGGUCCUAACUCAAAACGUGCAAAUACCCACAUACGGGACUUCCUGCAGGUAAACUACAGAGCUUCCUAGUCAACAUAUGGAAUGCUGAGUAAUUUUAGCAAAAAUUGCUGCAUCAUUGGGGAGUUUUAGGCAAGUUAGAUCUCGCCUUUAUUAAUCUCUGAAAUUAAACCUAUUUUAGGUGUUUAUAUACCGCCUGUUUUGGAAAAGUAAAGACCGUCCUCGUAGGAUACGUAUGGAAGACAUCAAGAAGGCCUUCCCAUCCCAUUCUGAGAGUAGCAUCAGAAAAAGACUUAAGCUUUGUGCUGAUUUUAAAAGAACAGGUAAGAGAACUCAAGGAUCACAAGUCUGUUUUAGGAGGACUUUUGGUAACAACCAUAGAAUAAACUACCACCUCAUAGUUUCUGACAUUUCUUUUGGUUCUGUGUCACCUAGGAAUGGACUCUAAUUGGUGGGUGUUGAAGCCAGAUUUCCGAUUGCCAACUGAAGAGGAAAUUCGUGCGAUGGUAUCUCCAGAGCAGUGCUGCGCGUAUUACAGCAUGAUUGCAGCAGAACAGAGACUCAAGGCAAGUGUCCUUCGCACUAAACAUGUCUUUGCACUGUCUGCUUUUCUGUGGGAGCACGCCAUAAUUUGUUUCUGUUCUAGGAUGCUGGCUACGGGGAGAAAUCUUUUUUUGCUCCUGAUGAAGAAAAUGAGGAAGACUUCCAGAUGAAGAUUGAUGAUGAGGUAAGGAGUGGAAAGUAAGAACUCUCCCCGCCACUAGCUUUCAUUUUGCAAAUAUUUUUCAAGGUUGCUUUCUCUCCUAGGUACGUACAGCUCCAUGGAACACUACUCGAGCCUUUAUCGCUGCUAUGAAAGGGAAGUGUCUACUUGAAGUAACAGGAGUGGCAGAUCCAACCGGAUGUGGAGAGGGCUUUUCCUACGUCAAGAUUCCUAACAAACCAACGCAACAAAAGGUCAGAGUUUUAUUUUGUUUUGCUUUUUAUUCUUUAUUAUCAAAAACCAGGCGCAGUGAUACGAUGCCACAUGCCACGAGUGGAGGGCAAUCAAAACAGACAAAGCAUUAUACCAAGGUCUCCAUUCUCCUGCCCGGUUAAUCGUUCACUGUUUAUUGGUUAAAAUGUGUCACCAACAACAGUACACCGAAGCUUGAGAUAACGAACAUACUUUUGUAAGACGCAUUUUACGUUGUCAAUAUGUACUCAACAGUAUGAGUGUAUGUACUAAGUUAUGCAUAUCUAUAAGCCACAGUGCAAUGUGACGACACGCCAAAAAUUAAAAGAAUUUAAAACAAAAAACUGAGGUGGCAUAAACUAGGAAUAGAAAUCCAAAGGAAAGUGCUUGGACUCUCAACUCAAGAAGAGAUGAAUAUAAACAUAACAUAAUAAAAUCUGUCUGUGAUUAUAAUCUCUGAAAUAUCAGUAGAUUUUAUAUUACAUUCUUUAUGCAAGAUUUACAAAACACAACAGAUCCAACAAUUAAAAAGACAAACAAAAAUUUUAAUUUAAAAAAAAAAAAAGGCUUCAGGGUAUGUCGGGUCCAAAAAAUAAAGACUUGGUGCAUGUAUGCUAUAAUAAUGCACCUUUAAGGUUAUCUACAUAUUGCCAACCCCAUCAUCUUACAAGAACAAGUUGAAGGGUUUUUACUAAAGUUAGAAUUCAAAGUGAAUUUCAAAUUGAACGUUAAAAUAGUUGAACUUGAAAAAUCCUCUAACUCAGCUAUGCAUACAUUUUGGCUAGUCUGGCCUUAAAUUUUAAGAUAAAUAAAAUGAAGGAGAUUUCUGGGAGUGGAGAGCCUUUCUGCAGCCUCUCUAAUAAAUGGGAAGUAUCCCCUGCUUGUAGAAUGUGCCUAUGUGUUGGGGGCUUUUGUGCUGGAGGAGGGAGGGACAUAGGUUUGGAAGGUGGUAUAGCAGACAUGGAGCAUGGAUCAUGGCAAAGAGGGUAAGUAUUUACUUAACAUCUACUUAAGCAACAAAAAGAAAAAUUAAAUUAUAUAUCUCUCGCAUAACAAAAUAUUUCUAUAACCGGGUAACAUUCUUUGUAAAACAAAAUUUAAUUUGUCAAUAUUUAAUUCAGUUUGUAACACUGUCAUAAUUGUGUGUCUCUCUAAAGCUGAGAAGAAUCCAAUUAAAACCUAAUUAUGAAAGGCAAUUGAAAUGUGUAUUCAGUAAAGCUCCAGAGGAGUAAACUAGUGUAUAAACAAGGCAACUCUUAUGGUCUGGUUUUUUUAUUUUACUCAAAAAAUACCUUUUUUUUUUUUAUUACAGCAAGAUGACAAAGAGCCUCAACCCGUGAAGAAAACUGUGACCGGAACCGAUGCAGAUCUUCGUAGACUUUCAUUGAAGAAUGCCAAACAACUGCUACGCAAAUUCGGUGUACCAGAGGAAGAGGUAAGAGUCACCACUUAAUUAUAUUAUGAAAGCCAUAAUAUGAACUUAUGAUAGGUUAAUAAAAAGAUUAAUAUUUUAAAUUAAAGUUUAUAUGCAAAAAAGUUCCCACUUAGACCUUCAUUGACAUUCAUAGCUGUGUAUAGUUUUUGACAUAAUCUGAUUAAAUCCCCUGACUACAAAGCCUUCAAAAAUGCAAGGUUCACCCACACCCCCAUACCCAACUUCUAGCCUCCCCUCUUACCACUCACGAACUCGACAAAAUACAUAAUUAUUACCCACAAGGCCACAUCAUCCGUGUAACUUCCUUACUUACUUCCUUACUUAGCGCGGGAUUCUACUAUUGUAUAGAUAAACAAAAGCAACGGUAGCUCCAGCAUGGCCUAACCAAGUAAACACUAAUUAUACAAUAACUCGUAGAUAAUAAUCAAGGCAACAACGAUAGACUAUCUGACUAGCGGUACCAGUUGAUUGUUUCCUUUUAUACCUAAAUUAACUUUCUGUAUUAUACAAAAGAAAGGCAACAAUCCGAAACUCUUAUCAAUACAAAACUGGGUGCUUCCGAAGAACGUAACACUGAAUACACUUCACCUCUGCUCAUUUCACUAAAUGUACGAUCAGAAUGUAUACUUCAACUGUUUGUAUUACUGUAUCACUACCUGCACUGUAUUGAAUGGGUUCUUACCCCAAAAUAAAGAAUUAAAAAAAUAAAUAAAAAUACAAGGUCACAGGUUCAAAUCCCGGCAGAGUCAACUCAGCCCUUCAUCCUUCCGAGGUCGAUAAAAUGAGUACCAUCAAUUAGGUAAUAAUAACAUCUAAUAUUAUUCAGCUGCUGAUUUAGUUAAUUCAGAGGGCGUGCGCUGAAAAGCGCUUUAAGUCCCCCUGGGAGAAAGGCGAUAUAUAAAUACUAGUUAUUAUAUAUAUAUAUAUAUAUAUAAUAUUAUUAUUGUUGUUGUUGUUUUAACCAAGCAGUGGCCCAUCUUUUUAUAUGUUUAGCUUUGUGCCUUAUAUUUUGAUGUUUUUACCUCCUGUGACAAAGGGUUACUCUAUUCUUCUUCUAGAUUAAGAAAUUGUCCAGAUGGGAAGUGAUUGAUGUUGUGCGAACAAUGUCCACAGAGCAGGCACGGUCCGGUGAGGGUCCAAUGAGUAAAUUUGCCAGAGGCUCUCGCUUUUCUGUGGCAGAACACCAGGAGAGAUAUAAAGAGGAAUGCCAGAGGAUCUUUGAUCUUCAGAAUAAGUAUGUUCGAUCCUGUAGGAACAUUUGCUGUAUUGUAGGGUUUUUAGUCUUUGAAAGCAACAGUUCUAAUACGCAUGUUUUCAUUUUUCAGAGUUUUAGAAUCCGCUGAAGUGUUGUCUACAGACACAGACAGUAGCUCUGCAGAAGACAGUGACUUUGAGGAGAUGGGAAAGAACAUCGAGAAUAUGCUACAGAACAAGAAAACCAGUUCUCAACUGUCCAGAGAGCGAGAAGAGCAGGAGAGAAAAGAGUUACAAAGAAUGCUAAUGGGAGAAGACAGUGGAAAUGAUAAAGACAGAAACAGAAAAGACAAAAAAGAUAGAAAGGGAUUAUGUGAGUUGUAUAGCUUAUCUUGGUAUUCUAUGUAUUACAUGUUAUUUUUUUUUUGUUCUGAAGUAAUAGAAUUUGUAAUGGGAUAGCCUAGUUUUUUCACAGUACAUUGGUCUAAACAUUUCCUUCUAGAUACAACCCUGUUUUGCUGUUAUUAUGGUGUAGGUUGAUUUGUGCAGUAAUCACAAAUUGUUUUUGAUAGCUACAGGGUCCGCAGCUUCAGGUGGGUCUCACAGGGACGAUGACACUGCUUCAGUGACUAGUCUAAAUUCUGCUGCAAGUGGCCGCAGGCUGAAAAUCUACCGCACAUUUAGAGAUGAAGAUGGGAAGGAAUAUGUACGAUGUGAGACUGUGCGCAAGCCUUCUGUUAUUGAUGCUUAUAGUCGAAUUCGCAGCACCAAAGAUGACGAGUUUAUGUAAGUCAUUCUUCAGAUUUGUUUAAGGGGGAGGUUGUUGGCAGUCCAGCUUGGGAAGCAUAUUAAUGGGGAUAUUGCAGCACAUGUAACUUAACCUGGAUCUGUUUUACUUUGAAGCCGAAAAUUUGCUCUCUUUGAUGAACAACAUCGCGAGGAAAUGAGAAAAGAGAGGAGAAGGAUCCAGGAACAGCUCCGUAGGCUAAAGAGAAACCAAGAAAAGGAGAAACUUAGGGGUCCUCCGGAGAAGAAACCUAAGAAAGUUAGAGAACGCCCAGAUCUGAAGGUAAAUUACAUUCACCGGUCUUCAUUCACCAAGUCCACAAAGCAUUUAGUGGCCUAAUUUGAUAUUUUAUUUUAUUUUUUUCCCCAUUUGCAGUUAAAAUGUGGAGCCUGUGGUGCUAUUGGUCACAUGAGAACAAACAAGUUCUGCCCUCUUUAUUAUCAAACCAAUGCUCCACCAUCCAACCCGGUGGCCAUGACCGAAGAGCAAGAAGAGGAGCUUGAGAAGACUGUUAUUCACAAUGACAACGAGGAGUUGAUUAAAGUGGAGGGAACAAAGAUCGUGUUAGGCAAACAGUUGAUUGAAAGGUAAGCAUUGCAACUAACAUGGUAAAACACAAAACUUUGAUUAAUCUACGGUUGUAUUUUGAGUUUAUCCCUGCCUCACCUCUGUAUAUCGGUAAGUACAUGAUGAGUUUCUUACUCUUUGUGUUAAUAGUUUAGUUGAAUCUAUUUCCCAGUGAAUCCGAUUUUGUUAUUUCACAUAUUCAUUAACACAAUUAUGAAGGACUUUAGUUUUUUAAUGUUUUAGUGUAAAAUGGAAGCAUUGAUGGGUACUGGCUCCCCCCGGUGUGUGCGCAGUAGCUAGGGAAUCAUUUGUGGCAGUGUUUAAUGGUUGAUAGAGUUUUGGAUUUGACGGUUUGAGCCAAUGUGUACAUCUAUGUGUAAUCUAUUCUGUAUCUGUCUGCAGCGCCGAUGAAGUCCGAAGGAAAUCUUUGGUCCUGAAAUUCCCUAAACAGCAGCUGCCUCAGAAGAAGAAACGUAGAGUUGGAAGCACAGUGCAUUGUGAUUAUCUAAAUGUAAUAUUUAUUCAUUUUGAUUUAUCCAGAAAAACAACUGAAUUUGUUUUGGCAUCCCAAACGUUUGCAGUUAAUUGUGGGAGAGUGACUCUAAUCCUUCCAUUAUUUAUUAGAGUUUAAAGGGUUACUUUAACCCUUUUUAGUGAUUACUUUCUUUUAAUCUAGAAUUUCUUAUUGGGCAUUGCUAAUUAGCACCCCACUCCCAGCAGAAUGCUGCACAUUCACAUUCCUACCUGGUUGAAGUAACCCUUUAAGCUAGUUCAACAGUACUUUUUUUUGUGGGUGGGUGGAGGGGUUUAGCCAAUAGUUCCAUGGGUGUGAAGUUGGUUAUAUGAACGCUAUCUGUGUGUAACGGUUUGUAAGAUGUGCUUGCUAACACACUGUUUUCCAUUUUGUUACACCCCCAGCGUCCCCACAAGUCCAUUCAUCGCAGAAGGACAGAUCCCAUGGUCACUCUGUCUUCCGUUCUUGAGUCAAUAAUAAAUGACAUGAGAGAUAUGUCCAAUGUAAGACUUCCCUUUCUUUAUUUUUUGUGACUAUAGUUUUUAUUUAUGCCAAAAAAACUAAUUUAUGGGCAUUACAAGUAACAGGUCCUAAGACACUGCUAAGUGAAACCGAAAAACAUAAUUAUCUGUUUUAUAUUAACAAAUCUGUAUCACAUGAUCACAUGGUUUUUAUCACAUACCUGUAACUCUUUUGGGGUUAUUCAGUAAAGGUAGUCUAAAUUCAUAACAUUUAAAAGAAAUGACAUGCAACGCCCUCCUAUUGUCUUUGGACUUAUCCGUUAGUAUGUUAAAUCUGUUCCAAAAUGGAGAGAGGUUGAGAAAAAACAUUUAUACUUGUUGGGGUUUUUUUUGUUUAUUUAUCUUAGAGCUACCCGUUUCAUAGUCCUGUGAAUGCAAAGGUUGUAAAAGAUUAUUACAAGAUUGUGACAAAUCCCAUGGAUCUUCAGACUUUACGGGAGAAUGUGCGAAAAAGAAUGUACCCAUCCCGGGAGGAGUUCCGUGAGCAGGUGGAGCUAAUUGUGAAGAACAGUAUUCUUUACAACGGUAUGGACAAUGUUUCUCAAGCUACUGCCAUGUGCAAGUGGAUAGAUUCCAUUUGGAAUUUAAGUGAGUAAUAUGCUUGGUUGUAAUUUGUGUUGUUUCUUACUACCUUUUAGGACCAAAGCAUUCUCUGACCCAGAUAUCUCAAGUCAUGUUGGACUUAUGUGAUGAAAAGUUGAAAGAGGUGAGUGCCUGAUAAUGUGAUUGCAAACCUAACUCUUUCCGAGAGACGGAUACAAACAUUCACCUGCUUAGUAGGGGUGAACCUUGACUGGAGGGUGUAGUGCUGGUAUAUAAAAUUCAAUACUAUGUGAUGUGAAUACAAUAUGGAGGAAAAAUAAAAGGGCAUCUGCAUGGUGUCUUACAGUUCAUCGAGCUUCAUUUUAACCGUUCUUGUGUUUUCAGAAAGAGGAUAAGCUGGCAAGACUUGAGAAAGCCAUUAACCCUCUGCUGGAUGACGACGAUCAAGUUGCCUUCUCCUUCAUCUUGGACAACAUUGUUACUCAGAAGAUGAUGGCAGUGCCAGAUGUGAGUUCAAUAUUCUAUACCAGAGAGACUAUAGUUUUUUAAUGUUGCUUAAUUCCCCCUUCCUUCCCACGCAAAGUACAGCCAGAGUAAACUGAGCCCCACUGUCUCCAGGCUUUUUAAUCUGUGGUGUAUCAUAUAUCGUUCUACAGGCUACUUACAGGCUUGUAAGCUAACAUAGAAUCUCUUUCCUAUUUGGCUCUCUACGUACGUGAAAUCCCUGAUGACCCAUAAUGUGUAGGACGUUUCAUUAUCUGAAAUGUCUAUUGCUGCAAAAGAUGUUAAAGGGCACCUGUCAUUCACCAAACAACGUCUGCUCAUUAGAUUGAGAAUAAGAAUUUCAGUUUUGCUAGCUAAUGUAUAGAUUAGGAGAAAAACCUAUUUAAAAAUAGAUUUUUCUCCUAGUUGUCAGUCAAUGCCUCGGCAUACCGAGGCAUUGACUGACAAGGGAGAGCAGAAAAGACCUCUCACAGGAGAUCCCUUUGCUCUCCUUCCAUGGAAACCACAACUCAUGGCCUGCUGUUGCUAUGGAAACUCCCUAGGGAGUAUAGGAACAGAGUGACAUGAUGUCACUGACGGAAUUUGCCCUGCUUGGGGAUGCGUCUCAAGCUGGGCAAAUCAAAGAAGAACAGAGGGGGGCGCAGCAGGAUUGAAGGACGACAAAGAGGUGGGUGUUACACAAAGAGUAACAACCACGAAGUAGCACUGGAAUGGAGGAGAGAUUAGUAAAUCUAUAUAUUUUUACAUUGAAUACAUCAUGUAUCUUUAUAUCAUGUAUGGUGUAUUCAAUGUAUAUGGGAGAGAUUGCAGGUAAGAUCUUGAAGGGCCAAUUAAAGUGAACCUGUAAUGGAAAAAACCCAUUACAGGUUCACUUUAAUUGGCCCUUAAAGAUUGCCUUUUCACAGUUCAUUAAAUGUUGUUGUGCUUGCAUUGCUUAGAAACAAAAGCAUAAAUGUAUGCUUUUUUAAGAUUAUGAAUGAACUCUCAUGUGUCUGAGGUUUUGUCUUUUCUUUAAUUUGUGAGAAAUAAACUAAAUCUUUGAUACUAUCCGCUUGGAACAUGUGGAUGAAAAGUCUAUGUUUUUAUUCAUUGUAAUUUGGUAGACCGAGAUAUCUCAGAUUCGCAGUUCCAUUUGUUGUCUCUCUUACAGUCAUGGCCGUUUCAUCACCCUGUCAACAAGAAGUUUGUCCCAGAUUAUUACAAAGUUAUUAUCAAUCCAAUGGAUCUGGAGACAAUACGGCAGGUAAAUUGCAAAUCGAUGUUUUUAACACAUUGCUUUCCUUUAAAAUCUUCUUUUUUUUUUUUGUCUUGAUUUUAUCAUAAUAAAGGCAGUAAUGUAUUAGACACUAUUUCUUCUUUUGUUAUAAUGCAAAUUAUGACGGAUGUUCUUUUAACCGUUUACAGAAUAUUUCUAAACACAAAUACCAAAAUCGUGAACACUUCCUUUCUGAUGUGAACCUUAUUUGUAUGAACAGUGUGCGAUACAACGGUAAGGAAGAAAUAAAACAUUAUACCUUUUCAGGUUACUAGAAUGUAGUUUGUGUGUUUUUUCUUCCUCAUUUUCUUGCUCAUUUUCUUCCCAUUUCCGAUGUCUUGUAAACUGACGUCAAUGAACCAUGUUCAUUAUAUUCUAGAUUUUUUGUUGUUGAUUACCUUGUCCUCUGCUAGUUCUUGCCUUAAACUCUUAAUGAGCUUAAAAAAAAGCAACUUCUAAAAUCUAUUUUUUAUUUAGCAAGAAGAAAUCAUUUGUGGAUCUUAGAGAACAUUCAAAUCCAAUUUGUGAUUUGUCAGUGAAUUAUUUUACAGUUUAACUUUGACAAGGUUCUCUCAUUUAUAGUAUUCCUUUUGCAAAGCUAUACACUAUCAUCAGGAUGACAUACUUAUCAGAAUAUAUCAGAAAAUAAACUUCUGCUUGAGAUAUGACAGUUAAUGCUUUUCACGUGGGAUAUUUAUUAAAUUCUAAGUAUUUUACUAAUACAUUUCUAUACCGAUUUAUGAUUUUUUUGUAACCAGGCCAAGACAGUCAGUACAGUAAAACGGCCCAGGAUAUUGUCAACAUUUGUGUACAGACUUUAGCUGAGGUGAGCACAAAUUCCUUGUCUUGCUUUGAAUUCUUUUUACAAAAAACCCUUGAAGGAAACGGCCAAAUCAACUCUUGACUUCUUUUGCUUUAACAGUAUGAUGAGCACCUGACACAGCUAGAAAAAGACAUCUCAACAGCGAAGGAGGCCGCCUUGGAGGAGGCAGAUCUGGAGAGCUUAGAUCCAAUGACUCCUGGGCCCUACACACCUCAGGUUUGUGUGUUAGUAGCACUGCUCACCUCACACUAUGAUUGUGAAUGUAAAUGCAUUUACAUAUUGACCUUAUGGUGCUUCCUGUAGAUUAACAUUAGACACAAAUUAACGCUUAUAUGUAUAUAGAAAUAUGUAAAUUUUAUAGGUGAGCAUCAUUUUAACACAUUUAAUUAUUGAUUGUUGUACAAUUUUCAAUUGUUUCCUUUUCAGCCUCCUGACUACUAUGAUACAAACACCUCACUUAGCAUGUCUCGUGACGCCUCUAUGUAUCAGGAUGAGAGCAACUUAUCGGCUACAGAAACUGCAACAGCCUCGCUGGAGAAAAGGAGCCUGGUAAAAAUCACAAUGUUAUCUUUAUUUAGAAUAUCCAUGCGUAGUCUGCACAUCAUUUGUUUUGAAAGUAUUAAACUUUUAGAGACAAUUCAGCAAUACCUCGACCUUUUGUAUGGGACAUCUCCCUCCCCAAUCCUCACAGAACCCAACACACAGAGGUAGUUUCACACGUACAGUUAUAACACUCAUAGAUAUAUUCAUACAAACACAUAUUAUUAUUAUUAUUUUAUUAUUUACAUAGCAUCAUCAGCGCUGUACAUACCAAGGCACUCAGAUUUCGAAAACCAGUAAUAGAAACCCUCGGUUUCUAUUUACCUUUUUUCAGGAAGAGAUGCCUUUGUAAUGUCCUUGGUGUUUCUUGUGAUGGGGGAGUUGUGUUCCAUGUAGCAUAUCCGUCCCUCCUGCUCUCCCUUGUGACUACAUAUUCAACAUGCACUGGGUGCCAGAAUAUGACUUCACUUCCUGAUACGUGCUGCCUGUCUCAAUGGUUCUGUGCAGCUGAUAGAGUAACUCACAGUAACACUGCUCCCUUAUUGCAAUUUCUGUUGGAGCCAGACAGCCCGCGGGACAUACCAAAGCAUGGAUCCUGGGACAGAUGCAGCGCUCUUCCUAUGUAAAGCAUAGGAUUGCUAUGUGUAAGAGACUAGUUCCUGAUAUGACCUUGAGUUGUUGUCUGUCUACAGAUGCGGUUAGGAAGGGUCCGCUUCGGAGAUGACGACUCCGAUGUUGACAUAGAAGGGUUUGAGGAAGAAGACGACGAUGAUGGAAAGCCUAAAACACCAGCACCUGUAAUCAUACUUAUAAUUGUUUCUUUGUAUGGUGAUGUUGCUUCUACGUUGCUUUAUUAGGGGGCCAUAGCUUCCACAUUUCAUUAUUUUGUUGUUUUUUUUAAAUCAGGAGGUUGAAGAUGCUGAUGGUGAGCUUGCUGAAGAAGAUGAGAAUUCCGUGCAGCAGCCUCAGGCUAGUGUCCUCUAUGAGGAUUUGUUAAUGUCUGAUGGAGAAGAUGAUGAUGACGGCAGUGACGAAGAGGGAGAUAAUCCAUUUUCCUGUAAGUUAUCUUUGAUUUCAAGUAAUGACUGAAUGUCAUGGGCUUUUCUGAAUAUGGGAAAUUCUCGUUCUAUUUUUGUGAUCUCGGAAUGUCAGAACUGUGUUUUUAAGAUUCGUUAAAACUAUAAAUUCUCUAGAAUGUUUUAGUUGUAUUAAAAAUGUCUCCAUGUUAAUGUGCACCUUUUCAAUAUAUAGCUAAGCAUUUGCGUCCUGUCCCUGUAUAUAAUUGAACAUGAAUUCAUAAUGUUAUUGAGGAACAAAGUCAAACUCCCACAAAAGUGGUUAUUAUUCUUGUGUGGUUCUUAAUGUCAUGCUCUUUUCGGAUUGUUUUACCAAUUUUAGUUAGUUUGUGGCCAUGUUCCUCUCUUUAACCUCUUAUCCAUUCUUACCAAAAUUCUAAUCCUAAUGCUUUUUUACAGUGAUUUUGUUCUGUUUUUCUAAAUUGAUAUCAAUUGUUUAGUUCUAGCCUGUUCAUCCUAUGUGACUUUUAUCUGCCUACUUUUUGAGCCACAGUUACUAUAUUUAUAAUGGGAUUCUUUUAAUAUGCAGCGAUCCAGCUCAGUGAGAGUGGCAGCGACUCAGACAUUGAGUCUGGUGGGAUCAGGCCUAAGCAGCCUCACAUGAUGCAGGAGAAUACCAGGAUGGGAAUGGAAAAUGAAGAAAGUAUGAUGUCCUACGGGGAAGGAGUGGAUACAUCCCACGUUAUGGAGGACAGUAACAUUAGGUACAGCAAACCUCUCUCUUUUUGCGUUUAGUUUUUUUUCCUUUGUAAUUACUUUUGCUGUUUUUUGGAUGCAUAUUCACCUACCUCAAUCUUUGUGUGAUUUUAUUCUACCCUACCUGGGGUGGGGGGAGCAGUUUAAUUAUGCUUCUAUUAUUGUUUUGAUAUAUUUUUUUUAAUACUGCCCUAUUAAUCGCCAACUGUGUACUAAUCAUAAAAAAAAAUAAGAUAACUUCACAUGAAAGGAGUAGCCCUUGAUAAAUCACAAAUCAUGCAAAGGAAAUAAACCUUUUUAAAGACCACCAGUCAUUUUGGACUGAGCCAUUAAGUUCUCAAUUUUGGCAGCACGGGGCCAGCUGCGGCAAGACCGGCAUGGCAUGGGGGGAAAAUGGUGAGUAAAAACACCAUUCCCAUGUAAUCGGAUGGUGCUGGUCACGUAAAUAUACACUGACACAUACACUGACUGACAGACGCACAUACAUGGACGGAUACAAACAACACACAGUUUCUCACACGCUCACAAAUGAUUUGUUUUAAUUCAAUUUAAGUCCACCCAGCCUCCUUACCUUUGGAAGAGCUUAAAUUGAUCCUUUUCCUGGAGCCGGUGGGGAUGCUGUCCUCUUCAAGCUCUUUUUGCUUGGCUUUCUUGUGUGCUGUUUCAUGAUGCUGGAGCUGGAGUGACAUCAUAUUCCGACUCCAAGCAUCACUGCAGGGCACGCAAGGAAAUAGAGCAAUAAGAUUACCGCUCUCUAGCCACUGCCUGCCUCCACUCUCCCUCACUGCCUGCCUCCGCUCUACCUCAGCCGGCUAUACAACAGUGAUUCCCAACUGAGUGCUCAAGUACCCCCUAACAGUCCAGGAUUUAGGGAUUACCCAGUUGUGUCUAAGGUGUUUUUAGAAAAGAAAAAAAAAAAACACUUUAGACACAACAGGAUAAUUUCUUAUUCCUGAACUGUUAGGGGGUACUUGAGAACUGAGUUGGGAACCCCUGCUAUACAACACAAAUCAGGUUUAUACUAAAUGUGAGCCAGGAAUGAAGGGUUAGAAGCGUCACACACAUCUGAGUGUAGGCGAUCACAGCAACUGUAAUGUCUUUUGAAUAUUCAAUGCCUGGUUUUAUACAUGUAACUGUAGUUACUGUAUGUAGAGGUUGUGCACAUAUACAGUCAUAAUGUCUAUAUUCUAUUGGCAGCUUGUGACUCUGAACUCUGAAAAAUACCAUGUGUUCUGUUAACUCCUUCAUCUCUAUGUAUUUUAUAGUUAUGAAAGUUAUGAGGAACCAGACCCCAAAUCCAAUACUAGAGACACAAGCUUUAGCAGUAUUGGAGGAUUUGAGCUGUCAGAAGAAGAGGAGGAUGAGGAAGAAGCACGUCACGGACCCAGUGUUCUUAGCCAGGUGCAGUUAUCUGAAGAUGAAGACGACAGUGAAGAAUUCCGUUCAAUCGGAGGGGACAGUGACCUUGAUUCUGAUAAUGAGUAACAUCAAGAAUAAUCAGUAACCACAUUAAAUAUACUCUUCUUAUAAAAGAGCAAAUAGAUCGAAUAGAUGUUGCUGGGCAUAUGUGAUUGGUGUCGUACAAGUGUGUCAAGCUACAAAACAAAAAUCAAUUCUGAAAUAGUCUUCAAUGUUAUUUACUUGGAAUUCAAAGCUGUACCCGAUAUGAUCUAGUAGAUCUGAGCCAAAAAUGUUUCUUUUUUGAGAUCUUAUAAGGAACAUCUUUGUCUGCAUCUCAUUUCUAAAUUAUUAGCAAAUACGGUACUCUUUGUUCAUGAAUUAUCUUCAUUAAUUGUGAUCCGUAUUUAAAUUGCACCUUAAAGAAUGUGCAGAAGUACUAAUGUACAUACAGUAUGAGCUGCCUACGUCAUGAUCUUACCUGUGAGAUUUUUAAAGCUUUCCUUUGGCACAUCUUGUUUUGCAUUUUGCUCUCAGUCUGAGAGUCAAUCCAUUAAGUAUACGUUUCAAAUUUGUCUCCCGGAGACAAAAGCUCAUAUACUUUAUUUAAAAGCGUUUCUGUAUCAGAACUUUGGUCCUCACAAUUUAUCAUCACUUCAAUGUACACUUGUAAAGAUAUUUAGCUGUAUAUAUUUUUGCUGGAGAGUAUCGAGCGAGAGAAAACAUUAUUCCUGUAUGGUGCCUGUUUAAUAUAAAAAUAAAUGUUAAAAACUUUUAUCAUGCAGUUUGCUUUGCUGUGUAGAUUUCUUCAGUUAUACAAUUCUGAGUUCUGUUUGAGGCGAAUAAAACGUAC